GCAACCAUCUUUCAAUGUGUUUUUUCUAUAUUGGGAUCGAGUUUUGGCUUUAAAAUCCCUAAAUGAAUUAUUAUCCAUAAAAUACAGUGAAUUAAACAAAUAUACGGAAUAAUAAUAUUAAUAAAAACAAACCAAUAGUUAAUAAAACUUAUAAUAAGAUGUCUUCAGGACGACCAAUUAAGUGCGUGGUUGUAGGUGAUGGAACUGUGGGAAAAACUUGUAUGCUUAUAUCUUACACGACGGAUAGUUUUCCGGGAGAAUAUGUUCCUACAGUAUUUGACAACUAUUCAGCACCAAUGGUUGUUGAUGGAGUAGCAGUUUCAUUAGGAUUGUGGGAUACAGCGGGACAAGAAGAUUACGAUAGACUGAGACCAUUGAGUUACCCACAAACUGAUGUGUUUCUUAUUUGUUUCAGUGUGACAAGUCCCUCAUCUUAUGAAAAUGUAACUUCAAAAUGGUAUCCAGAAAUUAAACAUCAUUGUCCUGAUGCCCCUAUCAUCCUGGUUGGUACAAAAAUUGAUUUGCGAGAUGAUCGCGAAACACUGAGCUUGCUGUCUGAGCAGGGCAUGUCGCCUCUAAAGCGGGAACAGGGACAGAAACUUGCAAAUAAGAUCAGAGCUGUUAAAUAUAUGGAGUGCUCAGCUUUGACUCAGCGUGGACUCAAACAGGUAUUUGAUGAAGCAGUUCGUGCAGUAUUAAGGCCAGAGCCUCAAAAGAGACAUCAAAGGAAGUGUCUUAUCAUGUAAAUGUGAUGCACAAAAUGACAAAGUUAAGUCAACAUAUUCAUGCAGGAAUCUCAAGGUGACAGUAAUAAUGUGUUUCUGAACCAAUUUGUGAAUGCUUUUAGAAAAAAAACCUUGAUAAUAUAUUUAGCGGAUCACAAUAUAUUAUUCAUGCUACUUCUUAUCCUUUUAUGCGAUAUUAUGUGCCAUAAUAAUAAUUUCAAGAUUACAAAUGAAUCAUCACAAUAAUACAUUCUUAUGUAUAUUUUCUGCUUUUUAAGUAAAUAGAUAUGCCAAAGAUUUAUGAAUAUAGGUGUAAGUUUAGACAUGUUUGUAAAAUAAAGCUGUUACGGUUGGAAACAAAUUGUUACUGUUAAAUAAUAUUGAGUAACAAUGUUAUUUUUAUAAUAUUACACAAAUGAACCUCAAUGAUGAUAUUAAAAGGUUUUUGAAAUAUAUUCUUAAUAUGUAACUUGUGAAUAAGGACUGAUCAUAGAUGCUAGUAAAUUGUAUUAACUUACUCAAAUAGUACUGUCAUUAGUUGCAGGGAUGAAUGUUUUGUACUGUUCAGCAUUUAUAAUUAAAAGUCAGCAGCAUUUAUUAGCAUUUUUGCGACAAAAAUGUAUUGAUAAAUUUAUUUUUUGUAUCAGAUAUAUUUUGUCACUCGUCAAGUAUGGCGGCAUUUUGGAUAGCUAUAUAUUGAUGCUACAUAUUUAUUCUAAUAUUUUUGUCUCAUUUUAUCGAAUUUUGUAUUUAUAGUUUAGUUUCAUACUGUCUAAUGGGCAUGUGAUGAUGAUAUUGUGUGUUUUAUAGUGAUUUAUUAGGGCGAAUAUUUUUAUAUGUAAGAAUGAAUAAGCAUUCAAGUGCGUUAUCAUACUGCAACGAUUAUUGUUCUUUAGAUAUUUUAUAGAUUGCUUUGAUUUACAGGUAACGCUUUGAAAUAUAUUGUAUAUAACUUCAAUUAUUUAUAUUUAAGGACGAAAUGCGCAAUCUAUCGAUAUAAUAAACUUAUGUAACUGCACUUUAUAAAUUAUUGAAUUUAA